AUGAUGAAGAAGCAGUACGGGGAUAGCAGCCGCGUUGUUAUGGGUGUUGAGCCAUUACUCUACGAGAUAUUGAGUAGACUUCCUGCGAAAUCACUAAUGAGAUUCAAGUGUGUAUGCAAACAAUGGCAGUCUUUAAUUCAUAAAGAUGGAAGCUUCAUGGAUUUGCACUUCAAGCGAUCAAAAACGUUGUGUAAUUUUUCUGUUGGUGGUGGUGGUAUCUCACUUAUUAUGAGGUGGCCUAAGUGGCAUAGCCAUAAAUUUGGUGUCUCCUCGGUUGAACUACUACUGUCCAAACGAAGAGUAGCGACUGCUCAAAGGGAAAGGGAAGUACCUAUAUCAGGAGCUGCUUCUUCUUUUCCAUUCGUUUUUGGAGCUGUCAAUGGGUUGAUAUCUUUAGUUAACCGCAGUGCGAAUUCGGUGAGUAUAUUAAAUCCCAGCACAGGACAAUCAACAUCUUGGAUACAAUCCAUGAUUAAACAACAACAUCAAAAUCUAUAUGAGAAAAUACAAGUGAUAGAUGAAGAUGGUCACUGUGUAAGUCGUCAGAUUCAGUAUGUUAAUUCUAAUUGGUAUUACUUCGGCUAUGAUCCUCUCACUAUGGAACACAAAGUGGUUUUAUUUUGGAUUAAGGAAAUAUACGACCGGCUUGGAGUUUUUUUACGCUCUGAAAACAUAUGUGAGGUCAUGACAGUUGACGGCAGACAACACAACAAGAACAAUCUAUCAUGGAGAAGGAUUGAUGAUGAGUUCGUACUCCCGCCAACAAUUUCACCGUCAGAAUUCACUUCUUCUGUUUACGCAAAUGGUUCCAUUUAUUGGCUGCGUAAUGACAGAAAACAACAUUCUGUGACAGAACCAUUGAUUGUCGAAUUUAAUGUUGGGAGUGAAAAGUUUAGAGUAAUUUCAAUUCCCAAAUACAUCAUUAAGCAAAUUCGUUAUCCUUUUUAUUAUAAGUUGAUACAAAUUGAUGGUCGUUUAUCUGUGUUAGCUACGGCGACAACAUGCAUAACUGAUACCCCAUCAAUGAAGAUGUGUGUGUUAUAUGACAAGAAAUUGAAGGACAUUAUCAGUAGUAUUUCAAGCAGUGUAGCAGGCAGUACCGUUAGCAAUAGUGGUGAUUUCUACUGGAUUCAAGAGACCUUCAUGAUGCCGCAUUCUGACUGGGGCCUGCUAGAGUUUGAUACCAUUCAAGCUGUUCCAGGUACAGACUUACUCAUCAUGAGAUCUGAAGGACAUGCUGGUUCAACUUUCUAUUUCUACGAUUGGAGGAAGAAGAGUUUUAACAAGGAGAGUUUUUUCAUUGCAGAGACAUCUUCGUUUGAGUAUUUCGUUUACAAAGAAAGCCUCUUGCCUGUAAUAUGA